AAAUCUUUUUCUUCUUCCAACAAUGAACACUUGUUUCCAUCAAAUUCAAACCUUCAUUUAUAAUAUUACAAAAGACUAGCUUUUCUGUUAGACUCGACUCUUGUUAAUUACCACUAUCUUCAUCUACAACGUUGUGAGAGACUCACUUAUUCUCCUAGACUCAACUUGGGUCGAUUAGCUCAAUCUUAAUUCAAAACGUUGUGAGAGAUAGUUUAUUCUCCCGGACUCAUAACUUUAGUUCAGUUGAUUGUCUCAAUAUUUGAUGUCUUGCUUGUUUACACUCCUAAACAUUUCAACCAUAGUUUAUUCUCCCACGACUAUAUAUGUCACUGCAUCGCGAUCGCAAUUGGAAACCUCUUACAAUGAGAGUUUCAGCCCAGAAUUCCACCUCAUUCUUACCUUCAUCACCGUCUUCGUCGUCGCCACCACUGUCGUCCGAAUCCAAGACAGAGAAACGCAACCGCGAGUCGAACAAUCACCCGGUGUACCGAGGGGUGCGGAUGCGGAACUGGGGGAAAUGGGUGUCCGAAAUCCGCGAGCCGCGCAAGAAGUCACGCAUAUGGCUGGGUACAUUCCCCACGCCGGAAAUGGCGGCGAGGGCACAUGACGUGGCAGCCCUCGGUAUAAAGGGGAAUAACGCCAUUCUCAACUUUCCUGAACUCGCGGCCUUACUCCCCCGUCCAGUGUCCUUAGCCUCCCGCGACGUGCAGGCUGCUGCAGCCAAGGCGGCUCACAUGGACCUGCCUUCUUCGUCUUCUUCCAUUUCAUUGUCUUUGGGUUCAACUACUCCGUCUUCGUCAUCUUCAUCUCUAUCCUCCUUAGCUUCCACCGCGGACUUGUUGUUGUUGUCCACUGCCUCAGAGGAACUGAGCGAGAUCAUCGAGUUGCCGAGGCUGGAAACAACGAGUUACGAGCUGGGGAACGAGUUUGUGUUCAUGGACUCGCAGGACACGUGGAUGUAUCAGCCACCGAUACCGUGGUUACAUACUACAUACGACGGUUCUGAUGCAAAUGAGUUUGCAGUGCCAGAGAGUCGGGUUAUGACUAAUUUUGAGGGUUUUCUGUGGGACUACUGAGAUUUCUUUUCUUUUCUUUUAUCUGUUUCUGUUUUUUUUUUUUUUUGGAUGCUUUCGUGAUUUGACAAAAUUUAAGUGGAGUAUUUCCAAGUGUUUUGGUGCUUGUUUUUAAUUAAAAUUGGAGUUUUAUCAUAAAGGAUCAUUAGUGAUGAAACUCUAAAUUUUGAUUAUAAGAUUGAUUACGUCAAAACUACUGCAUAAAAUGCUUUGCCUAAAUUUUGUUCAUGUUAUUACGUUCUUUAUUUAUGAUGUAACUUACUGCUGUUUUUUCUCUCUCUUUUUUUCUUCUUCUUAAUUUGGCUUUGUAUUCUAAGCCCUUUGUGGUUUUUUGUUGAGGGGUUCGGCAUGGCUUUCUUUGUUUGA